AUGGUUCAGCGCGCCUCCAUUGGUGAAGUAAUGACGGAGCAGAAUCAGGACGAUGGUAAUGAGAUUGGGGGUAAUUUUGAGGAUCUCACCGAAGAUGGGAUUAUCGAGGAUGGAAUUAUUGAGGAUAGGAUUAUUGAGGAUGGAGAGGGGAUUAUUAAUGAAGGCAAUGGUCCCGAGAAUGGAAUUGUUGAGAAUAGAGAGGAGUCUGUCAAUGAGAGUAACGAUAUUGAGGAUAUGAUUAUUGAGGAUAGAGAGGAGGUUAUUAAUGAGAAUAGAGAGGAGGUUGUUAAUAUGAGUAACGAUAUUGAAGAUAGAGAGGAGGUCAUUAAUGAAAGUAAUAGUCCCGAGGAUGGAAUCAUCGAGAAUAGAGAGGAGUUUGGCGAUGAGAGUGAGGAUGAUCCUCUCGAACCUCCUUUUCCAGUUCUAGAGAACAGAGGGGGGCAAGUAGAUUCGCCCCUUCACAGGCAUUCCUCACAUAUAUUGAUUAUACAGUAG